UCCCACAGCUGCUAAGCAUCAAGACUUGUGAAAGGGGGAAAAAUAAGAGUCCUCACAUGGCCUAAGUGAGGGAUCAUCACUUGAGUGUGUGGCUUCUUCAGUCCUUUCACUAGUCUGCAGCCUCCAUGUGAUGUUACUGCAAGGGCUGUAGCACAAAGAUAGAGUUUGAAUGUACUUAUUUGUGUUUGACUGCUAUAUAUUGUAUUUGCAGUUGUUUCUGAGCACAGGGGUGGCACGUAUUCUUGUACUUUGCUGGCUUGGCCCAACAAGGAGCUAAACUGAAUGUAUUUCAUUAUGUAAAAAGAAGCUUAACUUUAAAUGCUGAAAUAAACAAUUGACACCCCUCCCAUGUUCCUAGAUUAUAACAAUAGUGUCCUAUUUACAGAGAAAGCAUUAAUGAAGAUUGAACUACUUUCUCAGGUCAGUGCAAAUUUCUGAAGCUGAAGGAAAGGGUCAAAUUCUUCCCCCAACUAUACAAAAAAUAAUAAAAGGAUACAACAAGUAUCUACGUCCAUUUUUUGACAGCUGGAAUAUGUCUGAAGAACUGGAGAAGAGGCAAUUACUUUGCUUAAUGAAAGCUCUUCCGGGCAGUACCCAAUGAUGCCUUAGUUGCCUUGUUGGAUUUGCUGUUUUUGCAGUUGAAGCUCUACUCUUGAAACUGCAGCAAGUGCUUGUGAUUUCACUCAUGAUCCUGUUCCUUCACCCUUGAUGUUCUGCACAGAGAAACACCCAUGCCUUAGCAUCUCAAUCUGUUAUAGAGGGUGAAGCUAGCUGAGAUUGUUUUCACAGAGUAUUGAUUUAUGUGCCUUACCUGUGACAGAUGUCAAAGCCACACCUUCAUGGAAAAAAUCUUUCUUCUUUGGCAUACGCUACCACCUCCUACUUAAAUGAGUUUCCUGAUAACCACAAAGAUCAGAAUUGCAAAUGUGGAAUCCUACAGCCAUUUCCAGCCAACAGCAUUCCCACUGUCUGCUCAUCUCGGCCACAUCUGCCAGCUCAAGUGUGAAAGAAGGAGGCCCUGAAAGCUAGGACAGAGGAUUAUAAUGAUCAAAGCCUUCUGGUAUGCCCUUUGUGUCCCACUGACCCAGAAAUGCAAUCUUGUAAGGGAGAUACUCUUUUGGACUCUUUUAGAUCUUUUGAUUGAAGGCAACUGACGUAGGAACACAAGAAAUUAUUGUUAAAGUUUGUGAAACUAUGCAGCUUUUUGUUUGUUUUUACUUUGACUUGUGGUGUAUAUGUCUAAUAAAUAUCUGUGGGAAUGUCUCUUUCUCAUGAGUUUUCAUGAAAGCUUGACUCAAGACAGGCUGGAUGCACAACAGAAGUGUUUGGGCUGUGGAGACAGGCAGGGCUAGCAGAGCGGGACAGUAUUGACCUAACUGCACCACCACUUGUUAGCACUUGAAUUGCAAGGCACUUGUCUGCUAGGACAGUCGGUCUGAGCCUGAAGGACAUCUUAUACAAAACUAGAUGGUCCUGUGUCAGUUGGAAUGAGUCUGGAUAUUGCAAGCAUUGAUACAAUAUCAGAAAUAAAUAUGGAUUACACAGCUACCAUAUUUUUAAGGCAGAGGUGGACUGAUGAGAGGCUAUGUUUCGAUGGUAAUAAGAGUUUAAGUUUAGAUGGUCGGCUUGUGGAAAUGCUUUGGGUACCAGAUACCUUCAUAGUUGAUUCCAAAAAGUCUUUUCUUCAUGAUAUUACUGUUGAGAAUCGUCUUAUAAGAAUAUACCCUAAUGGAACAGUGUUGUAUGCUAUACGGAUCACCACAACUGUGGCGUGCAGCAUGGAUCUAACCAAAUACCCAAUGGAUAAACAGACAUGUACCUUGCAACUGGAAAGCUGGGGUUACAACAUCAAUGAUGUCAUGUUUUACUGGACGAGAGGAAAUGAUUCAGUUCGAGGCUUGGACACACUUCGGCUGGCACAGUAUACAGUAGAAGACCACUUUACCUCGGUAUCUGAAGCGGUAUAUGAGACAGGGCGUUACCCAAAACUAGUGUUUCACUUUGAACUCAAGAGAAACAUCUUAUAUUUCAUACUAGAAACAUACGUACCAUCAAUCCUCCUGGUUGUGCUCUCCUGGGUAUCAUUUUGGAUAAGCCAGUCAUCAGUUCCAGCCAGAAUCUGCAUAGGUGUUACCACAGUCCUAACUAUGACAACGCUGAUGAUGGGAGCCAGGACUUCACUCCCAAAUGCUAAUUGCUUUAUUAAGGCAAUUGAUGUGUACCUCGGUAUCUGUUUCAGUUUCAUCUUCGGAGCCUUGUUAGAAUAUGCUGUGGCUCAUUUCUGUACUCUGCAUCGACCGAGCUCAAAGGAACUUCCGAAGGUUGAGGAUGAAGAGGCUGAAGAAGAAAGGAAUGGAGUCCUGGCAGCAGUUGCUAACAGUUGCAGUGCCUCUGACAAUGUGAACAAAAUUGAUUCAAGCAAGAGCAGCAAAACCAGCAUCAAUGGCAAAAAGGAGAGAAGUAAACACAGUGGAUGUAGUUCACCAAUGUCAGUGAUGAAAAGACUUUUCUGUAUCUUUGAUUGUUUCCAUGUUAAAAAUCCUUACCACAUAGACAACUAUGCCAGAUUUUCUUUCCCGUUAUCAUUCAUCAUAAUUAAUGUAUUUUAUUGGGUAUAUUAUUUGUAUUUCUAAAUAUUUUAAAGUUAAAAAUAGCAUGGUUUAAAGGUUAGAAACUGGAUACAGUAGGGAAGUUUCAGUAGUAUGGGAAAGCUGCCUUAGGAUAAAGGGAUAUGAGGGGACAUGCUAUCUUUUCAAGCAUUUAUGCCAACUUUCUUGUUAACUCACUUUUCCACUAUUAAAUGGCUGUCAUCUGAAAAUGACUUUCCUUUUAGCAUGCCUGUCCCAUAUUAUCCUACUUGUCAAUGGACAUUAAAUCCUUUUUAAUAUUUUAAUGGUCAACUUUGUAAAAUAAAAGCUAUAUUAUAGUUGUUUCUGAACUGUGUUGAAUAUGUUGAAAAAUAAAGACAUUGAAGUGUUGUUUUCUUCA